UAUAGCCGUCCAACCCCAUGCAGUUAGUUUUAUUUAGUUCAUGUUUGUAUUGAUAUGUGUACCUGGUGGUAUUAUUCCUAAGGCAAUCUGUCGUGAAUAUACUACAUUGCCAGUGGAAUAAGGACUAAGAAGGAGUAAAAACGUUUCUACUGGGGAUGGUUACACUGUUCUGAAGUUUACUUAAUUUCAAUUGGACAAUUGGAUUUGACGCUGCAGUUAAGGUUAAAUACCUUAACGUUUCCACCUCAUCUGUCAUCAUGGGCAGCUUACAAGAAAUGCAAAAAGUCCUUAGACAGAAGGAUGACAUUAUAGCUUCUCUGCAGAAAACUAUAGAAAAGAAGGACCAGGAGCUUCAGGAUUUAAGAAGUGCAUUGGACAAGUAUCAAUCGGUGUUCAACCUUAGCAGUUCGCCAGCGACUGGACCGAAGUUCAGGACCACACGGAUCCAGGGUAUUUCAGCUGAGCCGCAGACCUUCCGCCAACAGAAACCAUUGAGGAAAUAUUCGAAGUCACACGUCGAUGAGUGUCGGAUAGAACACAUCGAAAAACCAGACAGUUCGAAAGAGAUAAUAAAAAAAGCCAUCCUCGAAAAUGAUUUCAUGAAGAACUUGGACAUAUCUCAGAUCCGUGAGAUCGUGGAGUGCAUGCACCCCGUGAUGAAGAAGGCUACUACUAUGAUCAUAGAAGAGGGAGAAGUGGGACGACUUGUCUUCGUCAUGGAAGAGGGUAACGUGCGGGUGACAAAAGAUGGCAACUAUCUAUGCAAUAUGGGCCCAGGCAAAGUAUUUGGCGAGUUAGCUAUCCUUUACAACUGUACGAGGACGGCAAGUGUCAAAGCUCUGACCGACUGUAAGCUGUGGGCCAUCGACCGACCAUGCUUCCAGAGUAUAAUGAUGAAGACUGGCCUCUUGAGGCAAACAGAACACGUCGAAUGCCUAAGAUCAGUUCCCGCCUUCAAAGACCUAAAUGAAGAGACGCUUAGCAAACUAGCCGAUGUUGUCGAAGAGACCCACUAUGAGGAUGGAGACUACAUCAUUCGGCAAGGCGCACGUGGUGAUACAUUCUUUAUUAUUUCAAAGGGUCAAGUGGCGGUGACCCAAAGUCCCACCGAACAUGCUGAACCAGUCUACGUACGCGACCUCGGAAAGGGUUCUUUCUUCGGAGAAAAGGCCUUACAGGGUGAGGAAUUACGAACAGCCAACGUAAUUGCCGCAAAGGGAGGAGUCAAUGUGCUUGUGAUAGACAGAGAGUCGUACCAACUGCUAAUUAGUGACGUAGAAGAGAUUAAGAAAUCGUACAAUGAUGAGGUGAUCUACAGAAAAGAUGCUGUGGAUGAAGAAUUUGCCAAAAUUAAGAUCCUGGACAUAAGCGUUCUUGCCACGCUGGGCGUGGGUGGAUUCGGACGAGUUGAACUGGUCCAGAUAAAAGGUGACCCAAAGAGGACGUUUGCAUUGAAGCAACUGAAGAAGCAUCAUAUUGUUGACACCAGACAACAAGAUCAUAUAAUGAAUGAGAAGAGAAUUAUGAUGGAGAGCAGUAGUCCAUUUAUUGUCAAACUUUUUCGAACAUUUAAGGAUACGAAAUAUCUAUACAUGUUGUUAGAAUGCUGCCUGGGAGGAGAACUUUGGACUGUACUCAGGGACAGGAACUGUUUUGAUGAUAGCACCACCCGUUUCUACACUGCCUGUGUGAUUGAAGCUUUUACAUAUCUGCAUAACCGAGGAAUCGUGUACAGGGACCUCAAGCCGGAGAACCUGCUGCUUGAUGACAAAGGUUAUGUCAAGUUGGUUGACUUUGGUUUUGCAAAGAAGAUCGGUCAGGGCAAGAAGACAUGGACAUUCUGUGGGACACCCGAAUAUGUCGCGCCGGAGAUCAUUCUGAACAAAGGUCACGACAUCUCUGCUGACUACUGGUCGCUAGGAAUCCUCAUGUAUGAACUGCUGACAGGAUCACCGCCCUUCUCUGCAUCUGAUGCAAUGAAAACAUACAACAUUAUACUCAGGGGAAUCGAGGCUAUUGAAUUCUCGAGAAAAAUAACUAAAAACGCACAGAAUCUAAUCAAGAAGUUGUGCAGGGACAGUCCAUCAGAAAGACUAGGGUACAGAGGAGGUGGUACCAGAGACAUUCAGAAGCACAAAUGGUUUGAUGGGUUCAACUGGGAAGGACUGAAAAAGAGGAAGCUGGCUCCUCCAAUCGUUCCAAAGAUCAAGGGCCCAACUGAUGUAUCCAACUUUGACGACUACCCAGCAGAGAAUGACGUUCCCCCAGAUGACUUGACAGGGUGGGACAAGGAUUUCUAGAUGCACUUUGGUCAUCUUCAUUUGCUACAAUCAGACUGACGAAAAGAUAUUAUUGAUUAAAAUCUAUUGCAUAUCAACUGUGUCAAAUCAAGCCUUUCAUUGGAUGUACAAGUCUCUUCGACACAUGUUCGUUGAACUAUAUGAAUGAGCAGACCUAUCUGCAGGCAGUUCGAGCACUGCGGUCGGUGGCAUUUUAUAGUCUUCCUAUGACUUGGUGUCGCAUUAAAUUCGGUGCUCUUCCUUUGCUUCAAAUGCCAUGAUAUAGUGAGGGAUUAUAUCAAAAUUGUUUGAUGCAAUGAGAGAUGACAUGUUUUUUUCUUUUGGGGAAGGGAGUUAACCAUUUUCCUGGCAAAAAGUUGUAUUAUUCAAACUUCUGACAUGAUCUAAAUCCGUGCGGUGUUGACGGCAGACAUCCGGGAUUUUUUAUCAUUUAGAAGAGGCAAGGGGUUUAGAAAGAGAUGAAAACAGUUAAGCACUUUUGAGAUGAUCCCGGACACGAGUCAUGUGACCGCAGGAAGAAACGAUUUUCUUUGGUAGCAUCGUGCCAAAUGAGAUUGCCCUGGCUAUGAAUGGUUUUCACUCGGUGCCUUUGGACAUGAUAUUGUGUCCAUCAUUAAAAACAUAUUUUGGGAAAAGACAAUGUACAUGUAUUAUAUUUACAUAAUGUUUAGUGACAAAGGCUUGGUGAAAAUGUCCGAAUUUUCUCGAUUAGUUCACUGAUCGACAUGAUUUUUGGGAGAAGCCAUGGGUUUGUAUUUUCGUGUAUAGACAAAGUUUUGGUAAAUAUAUCUACUCUUUGUGGGAAUGGUCCAUUAACAGUCAGAGUGACGUAAAUCAGGGUUCGUCUUUCCAUGUAUCAAGUCACAAGGUUUUUGUUGGAAUAUCUAUUCUUUCUUGGAAGGAUACAUUUGCUGAGUUGAAAAUCAUGAUAACUCCCCCCCACCCACCCCCAUGGGUGACACUGCUAUCAUCCACAUGAGGAAGCCAACUACAGCAUCUGUCAAGCAUGAAACUGCACAUUUAUCACUCCGACAAUGAAAGGUAUGUCAGGGUAACCACUCUCCUACCACAUCACACAAUCAUCCGAUAUUGCGUAUAGGGCUAUGUUCUCUCUCACCUACGCUCAGCUAUAACAUUAAUCUUUUUUGGAAGGGAUGUUGGAACGUACAUUGUAUUUGCCUAAAACCAACACAAAACAACAAUAAGAUUGUCAUUAUACACGUGUGUUUCGUUAUUAAGUCUAAAGUGACUUAUACUUGAGAGAGGAAAGGUUUAACCGUAAAAUAGUACGAAAAUGUUUCAGUGUAUCGCCCAAGAUUUGUUUAUAUAUUUUGAUGAUUAGUGAAUGUUAGUGUGUUACUACUGAUGAGCUGAGCUCUCGGAUAUGUUUUAUUCUUAUGCCUUUUCCUUACACGAGGCUACAACAACUUUCUUGAUUUGGUGGUCAGGUAGUGAGAGGCAUAAAUUGGCUGUACUUGUUAAAAUGUGGGAUUUUAAGUGUUGUCCGAGUUUAUAAUUUUAAAAUAUAUUCAUUGAUAACUUUGUGAAUAUUGGUCAACUGCUGUCAAUCGUUGAUCAGUUUUACAAUACUGGUACGCUGUUGUCCGCCAAAUUAGAACAAUUGGUGCAUGUGCAGUUUUGUACAUUUAUUUGAAAGACUGGUAUAUACGAGAAGCAGUAGCACGGCCGUAGAGGGCCUUUCUCACUACUGUGUCGGCAAUUAGUUGAAGCCACAGGUCAGUUAAACUGAGGCCAAUAUGGUAGGCCCAGCGGUGGUUGAUUCAUUGUAGAAAUUACGAAAUGGCUACACUGCUGAAUUGCAAACAUAAAUAUACCCACAUAGAAUAAGUUCAUUGGCUCUGGGGUCUAACCCCCUUCAUCUUGUUACCACGUAUUACCGGCAAGCCGACGCACGCAGAUGCUCACUAAGGGUUUGUUAGCAUCCAUGUUAUAGUUACUUUCUAUUGCCAUCUCAUUGAUGGUGCUUUUAUGAUAGGAAUAAUGUUUAAAUUUACAUUUACAUUUACGAGAUGAGUAAUAAUGGGUUGUUUUAAUGUACAUGUAAUUUGAAAUAUUAAGACGUCAGUAAAAAUGGUUUCUGUUCUAUUCGCGGAAGAGUUGUUGGAAUUUUGAUGGCGGCAUCCUCCCUUUGCUUAAUAGUGGGUCCUAGAUAUAACCGAUUGAUACAAAUAUUCGAUUUGUGAUGUUUCUUUAAAAUCAUGUUCUUCUGCUUCAACAGCACGUGUAAGAUAUGAAGAGGAGUGAAGGUUUGAUAUAACUUGAGCAAGUAGGCCUACUAAGUAUUAGAGCCGGACACUAAUCCUAGAGUUUAGUAUCGUGUCUGUCUCCACCUGACCAGUUUAAGCUGAUGCUUGGCACUGUGCACUGAAAUGCAUUAUGAUUAUACAUGCACAUUGUAUGUACUUGUGUACAGAGGUCUUUCUGUCAGCUGCACUGAACUUUAGGUAGACAGCAUGGCUUUGUACUAUAUGCUGCAUCAGCUGUAAAGAAAAUAAUUUAGAUUUAUACAGUCGCAUAUAAAAUUUGUAAUGAACACUUGAAAUAUAUUUUUAAAUAAAAAUA